CAACAAAACCAGCAGAGCAAGGUUGGAAACUAGAAUUUAAAGUCUACCAUGUUCGCCAAGAACGCACAAAAACAGACCCAACAUUGUCUUAAUUUCAUUUCCUAACAAUUUUCCUUUUAUAAUUCUAGUUAGGUGUGAUGGUUUAGUCAGUGAAUAUAUCUAUAGCUUUUUGUAUAACAAUCAUGUUGUUAUAGAUAUAUACAUUAGGCAAAAAAAAUACCAAUAUCUCUAUGAUCAACUUUCUUGUAUCUCAGGCUGUGAUAUUCUAGCAAUGUCAAUUGCUUGGACUAUUGUUGCCACAGCCGCAACAACUCUAGUUGUUGCUACUAUAUUCUUCUUUUUGUUCCAUAAAUUCUAUGUUGCUCGCCGGAACCAGCUGGAAAGCGAAGUGAAUUCAAGUUUUCGUCGAGAAGCGGUUAUUACAAGGACACGAGAAGAUCGGUUGAAGAAAAUUGGUAGCAAUGUUAAAGGGGUGUUUGUUGAUGAAAAUAGCAUGGAAGUUUUAUAUUUGAAGAAACUCGAAAGCGGACAACUUGGAACUGAUUUUCCAAAAGUUAUGUUUAAUCCAAGUUAUGAAGAUGAUCAAGAAGAAGAAGAAGAAGAAGAAAAGAGAGUGGAUGUUAGAGAAGAGACAUGUGGAAGAUCUAAACCUCAUAAUGAGGAAGUUCACUUACUCCACCUUGAUUCAACUGACUUUUCAUUUGCUGAUAGCGUUAUGUCCAAACAUGUUAUGCAAAAACCAAUACAAGUCCCUCCAAGUACGCCUUCUAUGGUUAUGCAAAAGCCAACUCCAUUAGUACUGCCUCCCUCAACACCUCCUCCACCACCUCCGCCUCCACCACCGCCACCACCACCGCCACCGCCACCACCACCACCACCACCCCCAAUUCUAGUGAGAACAAAACCUUUACUACCACCAAAUUUACCAAAACCCCCCACUGCAGGCGGAGCAAGUAAAAAGAACAAGACAGAAAUUUCAACUAGAGAAAACUCGAAAACCAUUGGUUUUUCCCAAAUGAAGUUGAAACCAUUGCAUUGGGACAAGGUUGCAGCUGAUGUUGAUCAUUCUAUGGUGUGGGAUGAAAUCAAUGAUGGGUCAUUCAGAGUGGACGAUGAACUUAUGGAAUCUCUAUUUGGUUAUGGAACUAAAAAUCAUCAAUCCUCUGAAAGAAACAGUAACACAUUGUUAGGUCCAAGCAAAUCAAACUCCAACCAAUCAACUCAAAUUUUCAUCUUGGAUCCCAGAAAGUCUCAGGACACAGCAAUUGUUCUAAGAUCUCUCGCAAUCUCUCGACAGGACAUCUUGGAUUCCCUCAUUGAUGGCCAGGGACUUGGUUCUGAUACCCUCGAGAAACUCACCAAAAUUUCACCAACCAAAGAAGAAGAAACCAAUAUUCUCAAUUUCAAUGGCAACCCACAAAAACUUGCAGAUGCAGAAUCUUUCCUCUACCACAUUCUCAAAACUGUUCCUUCUGCAUUUACUCGUUUCAACGCGAUGCUAUUCAGAGCAAAUUAUGAGCCAGAAAUUCUUCAUCUUAAAGAAUCAUUGCAGACUCUGGAACUGGGAUGCAAAGAGCUGAGAGCUCGAGGUCUUUUCCUUAAACUUCUCGAAGCCAUUCUCAAAGCCGGAAACAGAAUGAAUGCAGGAACUGCAAGAGGAAAUGCAUUGGGUUUCAACCUCAGUACUCUUCGGAAACUCUCUGAUAUAAAAAGCACAGAUGGAAAGACCACUCUCCUCCAUUUUGUUGUUGAACAAGUAGCUCGAUCAGAGGGUCGUCGAUGUGGGACAAACCAGGAAAACAUCAUCAGCACAUCAGAAGACCAAGAAAAAGAGUAUCUAAUGCUUGGUUUACCAGCUUUAGAGGGACUAAGUGCUGAAUUUUCAAAUGUAAAGAAAGCAGCUUUUAUAGAAUAUGAAAGUUUCAUCAAUAUGUGCAGCAACAUCAAUGGAAAACUAGCUGAGAUUGAUCAGAAAAUACUGUCAAGUUGUGGGAAUGGAGAUGAGAGAUCAGAUGGGUUUGUGAAGGAGAUGAAAGGGUUUCUAGAGGAAUGUGAGGAAGAGCUUGAGGUGGUGAGAGAGGAACAAAGUAAAGUUAUGGAGAUGGUGAAAAGAACUACCGAGUAUUACCAAGCAGGAGCUUUGAAAGACAAAGGAGAAAAUCCACUUCAGCUAUUUAUCACUGUGAAGGAUUUCCUUGACAUGGUUGAUCAAGUUUGUGUGGAUAUCAAACGAAAAAUGCAGAAGAAGAGUGUUGGAAUUACUACAAAUACUGUUGGAUCAUCUCCUCCAUUGUCACCUACAACAAUAACACAGAAGAUGUUCCAACACUUGAACUCACAUUUCAUGCAGGAUGCGUCUUCCAUAUCUUCCAGUGAUUCAGAAACUGAUUUCUGAAGCUGUUUGUCUGCUAUAAUUUUGUAGAAUUUUGAUGAAUAACAAGAUAGCAAAAUAAGUUAUAAGUUAGAGAAUAUGUUAACAUAUAUCAGCAACAAACUGUAGUUGUAAUAAGACGAAUGCUGCCCCUGCUCAUGAUAAUUUUAGUAGAGUGAAUAUUUGUUUGAUUAAUUUCUAUGACAUGCUCUGAGUUUGAUCU